AUGGACUUCUACUGUUACGAUCGUGGCAAGUGGAACGGCCAGUUCUGCGACUGUGACGAGGGUUGGUAUUCGGCUGUCGACACCCGCGGUACCUGGAUGCGAUUCUGCCAUUUUUGGAACGGUACUGGUGAACCAGAUGAUAGAUGGACUUGUAUGGAAUUUGGCGAUUACCGUGGAAGGGCCCUUUGCUAUGAUCACGAUGGUUCGUGGCGGGCUCGUCGCUGUACAGUUGGAACUCGAGGUUUCAAUUAG